GAUAAGAUGGAUUUGACUUUAAACCCUUCCCCUCUUCGUUGGAAGAACACGGGCAACCCAAGCUCAUGACACUUUUCUUACAAAAAGGGGUAGUAACAUUUCUGUUAGAGAAACUUUUUCGAGAAUCGAUCAAGUGCUAUUGGAAAAAAUACCGGAAAUUGUUAAUUUUCUCAUUCUUUUCAAGAGAGGUGCUCUUGUCGUUCUUUUAGAGCGUACGAGAAGGCACCUGUCAGCUCCGAUCCUUUACUCGACCCAGUGUCCCAAGAUUUUCUAACCCUCGAUGCAUGUUGGGAAAUGCAAAUAAUUUGUGUUUUGUGACCGUCCAACCUCCUGUAAGUGUUCUGUGAUCUAUGCCAAUAUGCUAGCGGAAUCAUGGCGAAGUGCAUAGCGAUUUGGCUGCAAUAUGGGUACUUACGUUCAGCUAAAGCAGGAGGACUACUCUGAAGAGGAUAGCGAUGUAGGGAUGAUGUCCACUGUAAUUUCGUCGGCAAAGGCUUCCUCGCUAUCGGUCGAGGAAGUUUUGAAACAAUUUCGGAGUGAUCCGGUACAUGGUUUGAACAACGAUGAGGUUGAGAGAAGAAGAAAGCUCCACGGGCUGAAUGAAUUCGAUGCGGUUGAGGAUACCCCGCUUUGGAGGAAGUACAUAGACCAGUUCAAAGAGCCCAUGAUAGUAUUACUUCUAGCAUCAGGGCUGGUCAGUGUAAUCAUGGGACAAUAUGAUGAUGCCGUCAGUAUUACAGUGGCUAUCAUUAUUGUUGUUACAGUAGCUUUUGUCCAGGAAUAUAGGUCUGACAAGUCAGUGGAAGCCAUAAAAAAACUUGUUCCUCCAGGGUGUCACUGCAUCAGGGAAGGAAAAGUAGCAGACUUUCUAGCUCGAAGUCUGGUCCCAGGGGACCUAGUUACCAUAUCAGUAGGAGAUAGGGUUCCAGCAGAUUUAAGGCUAAUAGAGGCUGUAGAUUUAAAAAUAGAUGAAUCAAGUUUUACUGGCGAAACUGAACCAGCAUGUAAAACAUCUGAGGAAGUUCCUCCUUCCAAAUCCAGUGGAGGUAUCUCUGAAAGAAGAAAUAUUGCUUUUAUGGGUACUCUAGUUCGCUGUGGACGUGGCAAGGGCAUUGUCACUGGGACUGGAGAAAAUUCAGAGUUUGGUGAAGUGUUUAAAAUGAUGAAAGCAGAGGAGCCUCCAAAGACCCCUCUACAGAAAAGCAUGGAUAUCUUAGGGAAACAAUUAUCUUUUUACUCACUUUGUAUCAUAGCUCUUAUUAUUCUUUUGGGAUGGUUGCAACAAAGAGCCAUUUUAGAGAUGUUUACUAUUGGUGUUAGCUUGGCUGUAGCUGCCAUUCCAGAAGGUCUCCCCAUUGUAGUUACGGUUACUCUGGCUCUGGGUGUGAUGCGCAUGGCCAGAAGGAAUGCCAUUGUAAAGAAACUCCCUAUUGUAGAGACUCUAGGAUGCGCAAGUGUUAUUUGAUCUGACAAGACUGGUACACUGACCAAGAAUGAGAUGACAGUAACACAGAUAUUUACUGCUGAUGGUCACUAUGCAGAGGUGUCUGGAGUAGGAUACAAUGGGUGUGGUCAUGUAAGCAUUUCUGGCCAUAAUCUGACACCAAACACCAACUUGUCUGUCACAAGAGUUGUUGAGGUUGGUUAUCUUUGUAACAAUGCUCAAAUUCAAGAUGGAUCCCUCUUUGGCCAACCAACAGAGGGAGCCCUCAUAGCAGUUGGAGAAAAGCUUGGUAUUGAUGACCCAAGAGGAAUGAACUCACGCACUGCCGAAAUUCCUUUUAACUCAGAGAAAAAGUGGAUGGCCGUUAGAUACAAGCAAAAGGACAAUUCAGAAAUGUAUUACGUGAAGGGAGCACCUGAGAGAGUGUUGCAGCAGUGCAGAUCAUGCCACAGGCAAGGGUCUCUUGUUCCUCUGACAGCAAGAGAUCUGGAGAUGUUUAAUGACGCCGUGUCUGCUAUGUCAUCUAGAGGAUUGAGAGUCAUAGCCCUUGCCAUGGGAACUGAUCUACAACAGUUGUCAUUCCUGGGUAUCAUGGGUUUGUUGGACCCGCCCAGACCAGGAGUCCGUGAAGCUGUGCAUACACUGUUAGAGAGUGGAGUACAUGUCAAAAUGCUGACAGGAGAUGCGCGGGAAACUGCACUCACCAUAGCGGAAUUAUUAGGAAUUCAUGUCAAAGGAAGGUUGACGCUUUCGGGAGAAGAACUAGAAACAAUGGAUAGCUUACAACUAGGAGGCGCCAUAGAGCAGGUAUCCGUAUUUUAUAGAGUCAGUCCCAGACAUAAAGUUGCCAUUGUUAAGGCUCUACAGCAGCGUAAUCACGUGGUGGCUAUGACUGGUGACGGCGUAAAUGACGCAGUAGCUCUGCGCCGGGCUGAUAUCGGAGUAGCUAUGGGCCGAGCGGGGACUGAUGUGAGUAAGGAAGCGUCAGAUAUGGUGUUGGUGAAUGAUGACUUCUCUACCAUCCUGGCCACUAUUGAGGAAGGCAAAGGAAUAUUUUAGAACAUACGCAACUUUGUCCGCUUCCAGCUAAGCACGAGUAUCGCUGCUAUAUCGUUGAUCACAAUAUCGACGUUUCUAAAGUUACCCAAUCCUCUGAAUGCCAUGCAGAUUUUAUGGAUUAACAUCAUUAUGGAUGGACCACCAGCCCAGAGUCUUGGCGUGGAGCCAGUUGAUCGGGACGUCAUGAAUAAACCCCCACGGAAUGUCAAGAACCCAAUGAUUACCAAGACCCUGAUAUCCAACGUUCUUCUCUCUGCGAGCCUGAUAGUGACUGGUACAUUGUGGGUCUUUUGGAGAGAGAUGAGAGAUAACGUCAUCACUCCUCGUGACACCACCAUGACAUUCACGUGCUUUGUGUUCUUUGACAUGUUCAACGCACUUAGCUGUCGUUCUCAGGUGAAGUCUAUCUUUCAAAUUGGUUUCUUCACCAACCGUAUGUUCCUGUACGCUGUUGGCGGGUCUCUCAUGGGGCAGAUGUUAGUUAUUUACUUUCCCCCUCUUCAAGCAGUGUUUCUCACCGAAGCUCUACAUUGUACGGAUAUUUUGUUGCUACUUUGUGUAGCCUCUUCUGUUUUUCUCGUGGACGAGAUUAGGAAAAUGGUGUUAAGAACGCUUGCAAGACGCAAAGAGCCUCCGAAGGACUUCCAGUUUUUUGUUUGACAAGUGGAGAGUUAUCUCAAGUACUGGAGUAAAACGUUGGUGUUAAUUGGACGGGUUAAACAAUUUAAAGUUCAAACUAAUUCGUAGCAGAUGAAGAGAAGCGUCGAUUUCUGUUUCAGUCGAAUCUACUUUAAUUAUGUGAGCCCGUGGUGGUACGUUUUUGAUCAGUGGGGUUGCGCAGCAACAUAGGCUUCCCAAUCAAUCUUCUGACGAAUGGUUGUCGAUCAAGCAAUGAGAAAUAGUAACCUUAGUUAAUGACUGCAAAUGUCAAUGGCUAUGGUAAACCAUUGGAAAACUUCCAUGGAGUAAUUGAAAUUUUGUGUACACUUCUGGUAUCCGUUUACCAUUUCUUGUCUCACUUUAGACCUCGACUCAACAAUAGUCUCCCACUGGUUUCUAUGCCUUUCUCAAAAUAGUUCUAUGCAGAUGAGAAAUCAUUUUCAGAUGGAGAAAUGAAAAUCCCUCAAGGUAGAUCACGUGGUCAAGUUUGUCCAAGGCUCCUUAGCUGUUAUUGUAAAUGAAGUAUCUGUAAUCAGGUCUCGCGAGAUGUUGUGGAUUAUAUUACGUUAGAUGAUCCAAUAAUAAAUGGAAAUUGUAAAUAGACAGAAGGGUGGAAAAUUACUUACACGAUUUUAUUUCUUUAUUUCGCGCGUUGUCCCGCGUUAAGGACGUGUAUCAACCCGUUCGUUUAAGUUCACAAAUCUCCCGGAGAGCCCGAAGUAUUAUUUUUAAAUCAAGAUAUAGCAAAAAUGAAGUUUUUGGGUGCAAGGACCUUACUCCCUUAUCGAUAAAAGUGCAGCGGUGGAAGAGUAGAGAGGUUUAUAUUACUUAAUAGCGGCGAUUAUGCUGUUUGAUUAAAACAUGGAUUUUCUUUGGA